GGCUCUUUCCGCGCCAGAGCUGACGAGAAAGCUGCCGCCGCCGAGUGCUUUGACUCCGGGCAGCGGUCGGCUCCGCUCGCAGCGCUCGGAAAGUAACGUUAUUUAUUUAUUUGCUUGCGUUCAGCCUCUGGGGUUGGACCCGACAGACACCCCUUGGACUUGGGGAGCCUGCGUCCGAUCGCUUCAGCCUCCACCCAGCCGGUGCCGGCGGCUCCCGAGAAUACUCGCACGUGCACCCCCCGCGACCCCUCCCCGCGCCCCAACCCGGGUAGGGGUGGGCCUUCACCCGGGCUCUAAAAGUCCCCCAAGGCGGGAGCAGGGGAAGGCAGAGGGGCGGGGGAGGCUCCUGCCCUCUCCGCUCUCCUUUCAAAACGCACUCUCCCUUCCAGGUUGGGUCGGACCUGAACCCCUAAAAGCGGAACCGCCUCCUGCCCUUGCGCCAGCCGCCCUCCCGGAGCUGAGUCGCCGGCGGCGGUGGCGGCAGACGGACGGGGGAGUUUCCUCUCUCACUGGAUGGAGCUGAACUUUGGGCGGCCAGAGCACCGCAGCCAUCCGGGGAUCGCUGCAUGCUGAGGUCCCUCGGCGAGACCCAGCGGCAGCUCGGGAUUUUCGGGGGGGCGGGGACCAGCUGCGCGCCGGCACCAUGUUCCUGGCGACCCUGUACUUCGCACUGCCGCUUCUGGACGUGCUCCUGUCGGCCGAGGUGAGCGGCGGGGACCGCCUGGACUGUGUGAAGGCCAGCGAUCAGUGCCUAAAGGAGCAGAGCUGCAGCACCAAGUACCGCACGCUGAGGCAGUGCGUGGCGGGCAAGGAGACCAACUUCAGCUUGACCUCGGGCCUGGAGGCCAAGGACGAGUGCCGCAGCGCCAUGGAGGCCCUCAAACAGAAGUCGCUUUACAACUGCCGCUGCAAGCGGGGUAUGAAGAAGGAGAAGAACUGCCUGCGAAUCUACUGGAGCAUGUACCAGAGCCUGCAGGGAAAUGAUCUCCUCGAAGAUUCCCCAUAUGAGCCAGUUAACAGCAGAUUGUCUGAUAUUUUCCGGGUGGUCCCAUUCAUACCAGAUGUUUUCCAGCAAGUGGAGCACAUCCCGAAAGGGAACAACUGCUUGGAUGCGGCCAAGGCCUGCAACCUGGACGACACCUGCAAGAAGUACAGGUCGGCGUACAUCACCCCGUGCACCACCAGCAUGUCCAACGACGUCUGCAACCGGCGCAAGUGCCACAAGGCCCUCCGGCAGUUCUUCGACAAGGUCCCGGCCAAGCACAGCUACGGGAUGCUCUUCUGCUCCUGCCGGGACAUCGCCUGCACCGAACGGAGGCGGCAGACCAUCGUGCCCGUGUGCUCCUACGAGGAGAGGGAGAAGCCCAACUGCCUGAGUCUGCAGGACUCGUGCAAGACAAAUUACAUCUGCAGAUCUCGCCUGGCGGAUUUUUUUACCAACUGCCAGCCGGAGUCAAGGUCUGUCAGCAGCUGUCUAAAGGAAAACUACGCCGACUGCCUUCUCGCCUACUCUGGGCUUAUUGGGACAGUCAUGACCCCCAACUACAUAGACUCUAGUAGCCUCAGCGUGGCCCCCUGGUGCGACUGCAGCAACAGUGGAAACGACCUGGAGGAGUGCUUGAAAUUUCUGAAUUUCUUCAAGGACAACACAUGUCUCAAAAAUGCAAUUCAAGCCUUUGGCAAUGGCUCAGAUGUGACCGUGUGGCAGCCAGCCCUCCCAGUUCAGACCACCACUGCCACCACCACCACAGCCUUCCGGGUCAAGAACAAGUCCCUGGGGCCAGCGGGCUCUGAGAAUGAAAUCCCCACUCAUGUUUUACCACCUUGUGCAAAUUUACAGGCGCAGAAGCUGAAAUCCAAUAUGUCGGGCAGUACACACCUCUGUCUCUCUGAUCGUGAUUACGAAAAGGAUGGUCUUGCUGGUGCUUCCAGCCACAUAACCACAAAAUCAGCGGCUGCUCCUCGAAGCUGCGGUCUGAGCCCACUGCUGGUCCUGGUGGUAACUGGCCUGUCCACCCUAUUGUCUUUAUCUUUGGCAGAAACAUCGUAGCUGCAUUUAAAAAAACAGUAUGGACAUGUAAAAAGACAAAAACCAA